GAUUGUCUCGCCGUCUAGUCUUGUCCUCUCCUAGUCCUCCUUCCACUUCCACGGUUCCACCCCAAGCCUGAGAGCAAAUCAGACGAAACCCGUCUCGGCUUCUCCUCUCCCAUCUCCAUGGCGCAAAACGAGACCCCGGAGUCCUCCGGCUCCGGCUCCGGCUCCGGCUCCGGCUCCGGCUCUUCUUCCUCCUCCGCCUCCCCAGCAGGCCGCCUCAACGCCGCCGCCCCGGAGUUCACCCCCCGAUCCGCCGCCCAGCACCACGGCAACAACCCCCAUCGCCGCGGGCCUCACCACCAGCAGCAGCAGCACUACCACCAUCAAUCGCAUCACCACCACCAACAUCAGCAGCACUACCAGCAGCGGCACCAGCACCAAGGCGAGGACGAGGGGGAUGCUGCGGCGGCGACUGCUGAGGAUAAGGGGCUGCCCGAGGAUGUAGCUCACACAGUCGUCAAGCAGGUAGAAUUUUACUUCAGUGAUAUCAAUUUGGCCACAACUGAACAUCUGAUGAAAUUCAUCACUAAGGAUCCAGAUGGAUUUGUGCCAAUGUCUGUAAUUGCAUCUUUUAGGAAGAUCCGGGAGAAAGUUUUUGACAGAUCCUUGUUGGCUGCUGCAUUACGCACGUCAUCGGAGCUGGUUGUUUCGGAUGAUGGGAAAAAGGUUAGACGCCUACAGCCCUUCAACGCCGAAGAAGUUCAGUCACGCAUUAUUGUUGCUGACAAUUUACCUGGGGCUCCAAAGCAUCAGACUCUUAUGAAGAUUUUCUCAGCUGUUGGGAGUGUGAAAUCUUCACGUACUUGCUAUCCACAAGAUGGUGCUGGACCUGCUGCUAGCAAAACAUCGAGGAUUGAGAUGCUUUUUGCUAAUAAGCUGCAUGCUUUUGUGGAGUAUGAGACUGUUGAAGAUGCUGAAAAGGCGGUUGCUGAAUUCAGUGGUGGGGGAAACUGGAGAGAUGGGAUUAGAGUUCGCUCGCUUCUUGGUUGCCUGAAACAUGGGUUGGGUCAAGGAAGAAAAGGUGGAGGUGAGGAGUAUGCUGUAGACGAAGAUGGUCCUGAUACUACUGGCAGUCCACAAGACUAUGGAACAGAUGAUACUGCCCAGAUUUCCGAAGCACAUCUUGAUCAUCAGGCUGAAGAUGGCUCGCAUGACAUUGGUGCAAUGAGGCAGGGGAGAGGGAGAGGACGUGGAGGCAGAGGUCGCGGUCGGGGCCAGUAUCAUGGCCACAGCAAAGAUGCCUAUCAUCCGAUUGGCACUCCUCCGUCGAGUCACGGUGGCCUCGGUGAGCAUCCAGCUGUGCCAAAGCCGCCCCCAGGUCCUCGCAUGCCGGAUGGCACAAGAGGAUUUACCAUGGGCCGAGGGAAGCCGCUCACUCCUAGCAACGCAGCCUAGUAGCAGCGUCUAUGCCGGUGGCAGCCUGUUGGCCUGCUCAUCAGUCUCUUGCAUUCCGAUUACAGUGAUCUUUUGCUCAGGUUCUAAACCGAUUACCGUGGGGAUGCUUUUGUUCAUUUUGAUGUAAGAUUCUGAAAGAAGAAAAAAAGGCUAUGGAUGGUACUGUGGUACAUGCAUGUAUACUGACACCGGAAGUCUUGAACAUGUGAACCUGUUAUCCCGUGAUAUGUAGUUCUUAAAGAAGAAAAUCAUACCAAAAUGGGUUUGAUCA